GCUAAGUACGGGAUUCUCUAAUGUAGGUGAGAGUUAAUUCUACAAGUGUAUAAAAUAGGCCGAAAUUUGAAUGAACCUGUUCAGUUGGAAACAAACAACACUGUAGGCCUACGUUGAGAGACAUACUGUUACGGUACGCUUGCUAUAAACCGAUCAUUGGACUUGCCUGUUCUUUCAGUAUGGAUUCUCUCUUAUGGGAAUAUGAAGGGGUUCCGCUGCUGAAGGAUGUGACUCCGGAAGUGCUAGAAAAUAUAAAGGACUUCGAAGUCCGCGACGACGACAUUUGGCUGUGUACAUACCCCAAAUCAGGCACACAUUGGUUGAUGCAGAUUAUACAGCUACUACGGUUUGACGGUGACUUCGAAAAGGUGUUGGAAAGAGGUUUUAAAGACUCUCAGUUUUUGGAAUUCUUUUUUCCAACACCAAUUACAACACCAUACGGUACGACAAGUUACGGUUACAAGUACUACGAACAGUUACCAUCACCUCGCCUAGUUGUAACGCAUCUACACUUGAAACUUCUUCCAAGACAAGUCUUUGAAAAAAAGGCAAAGGUGAUAUACGUUGCCAGGAAUCCAAAGGACACAGCAGUGUCAGCGUAUCAUUUCUUGAAACCAAUGUUUAAAAAAGCGAACAUCGAGGUUGAUUGGAAUCAGUUUAUUCAAUUAUUCACGACAGGCAAAGUUCCGUAUGGACAAUGGGCAACACACUUGCUACCAUUUUGGAAUCGCCGACAUGAAGACAAUGUGCUGUUCUUGAAGUUUGAAGAUAUGAAAAAGGACAACAUUCGCUUAUCUACAUCCGAAACAGUUCUGCAAAAGACUGUCGAAAACUCAUCGGCUAAAAAGACAAAAGUAGUCAUGGACAACGAAGUAUCCGACGCUGUGAAACAGAUCGGUGUAGGAAAUUUUGUGCGUAAAGGUAUUGUUGGUGAUUGGAAGUGCACAUUUACCGUAUCUCAGAGUGCAGCAUAUGAUGAAAUAAUAAGGAAUUACUUGAAAGGAUUGGGACUAGUAUUUGAGUAUGAAUAGGUAUUAUGCUGUUUAAACGGCUAAAGCUCUCUAUCCACACUAUCAAAGUUAAUUUGAAAAAUAACUGCGAAUUGCCCAUAAUGGGUCUUAUAUGACAUCAACGUGUCCAUAUAUGGAUAUAAUAUGACAUCAUCAUGUCCAUAUGGUUGUGAUAUGAGAUCAUUCAACAUGUUCAUAAUGGAUGUGAUAUGACAUCACAAUGUUCAUGCAUAUGGCAUCAUCAUGCCCAUAUAUGGAUGUAUGGAUGUUGAAUGACAAAUUUCCAUAUAUGAAUUUUGUACGAUCACCAUGUGUAUAUAUGGAUGUGAUAAGGCAUCAUGGUGUCCAUAUAUGAAUGUGAUAUGACAUCAUCAUGCCUACAUAUGGAUGUGACAUGACAUCUUAAUGUUCGUAGACAGUAUGAUGUUGAAUGACAUCAUUUCCAUAUAGGAAUGUUGUAUGAUUAUUAUGUCUAUAUAUGGCUAUGGUAUGGCAUCAUCAUGUCCAUAUAUGGAUGUGAUAUGACAUCAUUAUGUCCAUAUAUGGAUGUGAUAUAUCAUCAUGCCCAUGUUAUGAGUUAUUCACACAAAUUUGUCACUUUAAACAUCUUAGUAUGCCUAGAGCUUUGCGUCUGAUAAAGUUUUCAUGAACAAAGGUUCAGGACUACAUAAUGGAGUUGGAAUAUAAUACUGUAUUACAUUUACAGUUACAGGCCUAUUUUGAAUGUUUUUAAAAUUUAUGUAAAAAUAAGAUAUGUUUUUAAAAAUAUGUGAGUGCCAGUCAUUAUGUAAAUAUCACAUUAUAAUUAUGGGGACAAUACUUAAAUUAUUACAUAGAAGUCCACUUGUAUUAG